UCGGACCCCCGACGGCCGCGCCCGGAGAUGACUCUCCGCCACCUGCUGAGCGUGGCUUUGGCGGGGCCCCGGCCGGGCGGCGGCGGCGGCUCCCCCACGGGCGGCUCCCCCACGGGCCCCGGAGGCGCGGCGGGCGCAGCGGGCGGCACGGCGGCCCCGGAGGGCGCAGCGGUGGGCGGCGUGCCGGGCGCGGCGGCGGGCGGCGGCGGCGGCGGCGGGGACAACCGGAGCGCGCCCGGGGACCCCGGGGGCGCGGGCGGCGGCGGCGCGGACGCGGUGAACGGCUCCGGGGCGGCCGUCGGGGGGCUGGCGCUGAGCGCGCAGGGCGUGGGCGUGGGCGUGCUGCUGUCCGUCUUCAUCCUGGCCGCCGUGGCGGGCAACCUGCUGGUGAUCCUGUCGGUGGCCUGCAACCGGCACCUGCAGACGGUCACCAACUACUUCAUCGUGAACCUGGCGGUGGCCGACCUGCUGCUGAGCGCCACGGUGCUGCCCUUCUCGGCCACCAUGGAGGUGCUGGGCUUCUGGGCCUUCGGGCGCGCCUUCUGCGACGUGUGGGCGGCCGUGGACGUGCUGUGCUGCACGGCGUCCAUCCUGAGCCUCUGCACCAUCUCCGUGGACCGCUACGUGGGCGUGCGCCACUCGCUCAAGUACCCGGCCAUCAUGACGGAGCGCAAGGCGGCGGCCAUCCUGGCGCUGCUGUGGGCCGUGGCGCUCGUCGUGUCCGUGGGCCCGCUGCUGGGCUGGAAGGAGCCCGUGCCGCCCGACGAGCGCUUCUGCGGCAUCACCGAGGAGGCGGGCUACGCCGUCUUCUCCUCGCUCUGCUCCUUCUACCUGCCCAUGGCCGUCAUCGUGGUCAUGUACUGCCGCGUGUACGUGGUGGCCCGCAGCACCACGCGCAGCCUCGAGGCGGGCGUCAAGCGCGAGCGCGGCAAGGCCUCGGCCGACGUGGUGCUGCGCAUCCACUGCCGGGGCGCGGGCUCGAGCGCGGCGGGGCCGGCGGCCGCUCCGGGGUCCGGGGCGCACGGGGCCCUGCGCGGCGCCAAGGGCCACCACGCCUUCCGCAGCUCGCUGUCCGUGCGCCUGCUCAAGUUCUCGCGCGAGAAGAAGGCGGCCAAGACGCUGGCCAUCGUCGUGGGGGUCUUCGUGCUCUGCUGGUUCCCCUUCUUCUUCGUCCUGCCGCUGGGUUCCCUGUUCCCGCACCUAAAGCCAUCCGAGGGCGUCUUCAAGGUCAUCUUCUGGCUGGGCUACUUCAACAGCUGCGUGAACCCCCUCAUCUACCCCUGCUCCAGCCGCGAGUUCAAGCGCGCCUUCCUCCGCCUCCUGCGCUGCCAGUGUCGCCGGCGCAGACGCCGCCGGACCCUGUGGCGCGUCUACGGCCACCACUGGCGGGUCCCCAGCCUCGCCACAUCUGUCGGAGGCCCCCGGCCCGAGGAUGCCGACUACGAGGACCCCGGCCCUGCCACCGCGCCCCCCGGGGCCCCGCUGGCCCUCACCGCGCCGCCCUUGGCCCCUGCCGCCCCCGACCCCGACCCCGACGGGCCCAAGCCCCCCUGCGCCCUCCGGGAGUGGCGGCUGCGUGCGCCCUGGUUGCGCGCCAAGGUGUCCAGCCUGUCGCACAAGCUCCGCGCGGGGAGCGCACCGCGCGCGGAGCGCCCCGAGGUGGAGGCUGUGUCCUUGGAUGUCCCCCAGGACGGCGCUGCAGGAGCCCCCUACGACCUGGCUGACUACGGGGACCUCAGGGAGACGGACAUCUAAGGACCCGAGGACCCGAAGAGGGUGUGAAAGGGGUGAAGGCAAAGAAAUGGGGAACCAAAGAGUCGGCCAGGUGUGGACUUGAUUUUGAUCCAUGCCACCACAGUGAUGGGGGAACCAGCGCCAUCCCUAAGAACUGAGUCCAACUGGGCUCAAGAGACAGUGAAGGGACAUUCAGAACACAGUGGCCCACCCCUGAGGCUCUACAGUGGGGAGGAGGGGGUGUGGGGUGUUUGCUUUGUGUCAUUCUUUGAAACCCACUGCCCAUCCAUGAGCUGAGCCCUAGCGACACAGGCCUGCCCCUCUGUUGGUAGGGGCAGAGCCUCCCUGUCCCCCCAAUGUCUCCCCACAAGAAUCAGUCCAUGGGGACUGUGUCUCCAUGGACUU